UUUUAUAGUCCACUGUAUUAAACAUAUAGGCUAGGCUAAUGAGAACGGUCAUGGACAUAUUGCUUUGAAUGCAGCAAAUUAUUGCGGUCAGCUACCGGGUAAUAUGACUUUGGAAAAGAAUACCAAAUGAUUUCCAAUUUCGAUAUGGCUUUGGCUACACACCCUUGCAGUGUUAACGUUAUGUGGUUUUGUUCUCCAGCACCACCCUCGGGUGAACAGCGCGCGCUUAACUCACUGUCAACAACACCUCAGAUCACAGCGCCACAAUGAAGCAGCCUCCGUACACUCACUAACGCAGGCUUUGCCUUCAACAGCACGAGCACAACCCGAUUCGAUUGCAUUUCUGCACAGAAUCAUUGCCAACAGCAUCUAAUAGUGACAGGCGGAUAUUAAAGACACCAAAGUAUGGAUACCGUGUCCAUUUCUAGAGAGCGUGAUGAUGCUGAAAUCACAGAUUCAGCCACGACAGAGGGACCUUCUCAGGAAGCACCUCAAAGUGAAAUCCCUGAGGUUUCACUGUGUCCUCCAGACAAUGACAGCACAGAAUCUCAGAUGUGUCCGGUCAAGAUAGAAGAGAAUCAAGCAGACAACUGCAGUCCGUUCAAAUCACACUCCUCUACUCAACUCCAUCGUCAAGUCUCACAGGGCUCUCAUCAGGGCUAUCAUUCACUACAACGCAAAAGAUGCCCCUGCUGUGGCCACCAGCAGUUGAAUCAAAGCAAUGUAUGUCCAGGUCAAAUGAAUGCUUACCAUCAAUCAGACUCGCAUUCAGCGAGUCCUGUUAAGACUGUCCAUAGCUGCAGUCCAUCACGUCUGCCUUCGUGUCACAAUAAAAUGCAGUGCCAGUGGCUUCAUGGAUCUCAUGAUGGCAGCAACCACAAGCCUGUGCAGCGUCACAUGGUGACAGUGAGGAAUGACGGCCUGCAUAGGAUACCGAGGAGAGUUCAAGAUUUAGAAGGAAUUGGGAAGAAGCAUUCAAGCAUUAAGCCAACAUGCUAUUCCCAGGUUAUAGUGGAGUACCCGAUGACUGUACUCAUUUCAUGCACACUACUUCUGUUUGCCUGUUCCCUCGCUGGGAUUUUGACUGGUCCUCAGCCAGACUUUUCAGACCCUUUGUUGGGAUUUGAACCUCGUGGAACAGACAUCAGUAUCCGUCUAGCAACCUGGAUGAGGUUACAGCAAAACACUGGGCCUGGAAAAUCAUUGUCCCCAGUUCCAUGGCAACUCACAGAAAGAACAACGGCAGGAGAGGACACAAUUAGAUCUGAACCUCAGUUAAGAGAACGACCAAGGAGAAUGUUGCACAGAGAUUACACGGAGCACAACUUUUUUUGUAAUGCCCCAGGAGAGCGCUAUGCUCAGCUGGUCUUCCGCUCUGGAAACUCUGCCAGUCUCUGGAGUCUAAAGGCAAUUUACUCCAUGUGCCAGAUGGAACAGACACAGAUCCGUUCAGGGACACAAUUUGAUCAACUCUGCCAAGUCAGAUCAGAGUUAUACGGCUCCACAGUGGAAAAUGAGUGCUGUCCAAGUUGGUCUCUGGGAAACUACUUGGCUCUUCUCAACAACGUUUCUUCCUGCUUUAGUCUGACUGCACAGCAGGUUUCUGAAAGCCUUGGUCUGCUCAGAUUCUGUGCCCCUUACUACCACGACAGAAGCCUGGUUGCAUCAUGUACUGAGAGGAGUAAAUUUGGCCGUUGUGCAUCUGUCCCACACCGCUGUAAACUGUCAAGCAUCUUCCAGAUUCUUCAUUACCUUGUGGACAAGGACUUCCUGGGGCCACAGACUGUUGAAUACAAGGUCCCGUCUCUAAAAUAUAGCGUAGUGUUUCUACCAGUGGAAAAAGGUGAUCCACUGAUGAAAGUUUAUUUGGACCAUCUAGAGGGUCGCGAGCUCACCUAUAACAACACCACCAUAACAGGAAUGGAUUUGGGAAUUAAACAAAAACUUUUUAAAUAUUAUUUGGCAUGGGACUCUAUCUAUCCUGUUCUUGCAGCUCUUGCACUUUUGUUCACAAUGGGACUAUAUCUCAAAUCACCAUUUAUAGCAGUGAUGUCACUGGUUGCUGUCAUUUUAUCACUUUCCACCUCAUAUUUUUUCUACAAAUUCGCAUUUCGCUUGACAUUUUUUCCACUCCUCAAUCUAGCAUCAGUCCUUGUGCUUUUGGGAAGUUGCCUAAAUCAAGCCCUGACUUUUGUUGAUUUCUGGAAGCUACAGCUAAGCCACAACCCUCCAGCUGUGCCUGAGAAGAGAAUGAACCGGGUUUUACAGGAAAUAGGAUACUUGAUAUUAGUGUCAGGUCUGACAUCUAGCAUCACGUUUUACUCUGGCUACAUAAGUAGCAUCACUGCCGUGAGAUGUUUCGCUGUAUAUCUUGGCAGUGCUUCAUUAAUAAACACAUUUUUUGCUCUUGUUUGGCUUCCUUGCACCCUCAUUUUGCAGGAACGCUAUACUGAGCUUUCUUCAAACCCUGUUGCAAAGGCAGCAUGGAAGCCCUGUUGCGCGAAAAAUACAGGUGGAUUCUGGGAGACAAGUUCAAGAAAGAGAUGUUUGUUUACCGUGAGGCAGAAGCUUCGGACGUUAGGCCGAGGGUUUUCAGACACAUCAAACCUGCUUUUUUUAAAGAUCCUGCCUUGUGGAGUAGUGAAAUUCCGAUACAUAUGGAUCUGUUGGUUUGCAGUGCUCGCAGUCGGUGGAACGUACAUAUCAUGCGUAGACCCUGGCAUGAAACUGCCAACUUCGGACAGCAGGACAACUCAGCUGUUCCGUUCCAGCCAUCCCUUUGAGAGAUACGAUGCCGAAUAUCGCCAUCAGUUCAUGUUUGAGCGAAUGAAACAGGGUGAAGAUGAACCCAUGACGCUGACUCUAAUUUGGGGCAUCGUUCCAUCAGACGAUGGUGACCACUUUGAUCCAAAAAGUAAUGGAUCUUUAGCUCUUGAUCCAGGGUUCAAUAUGAGCAGUCCCCAAGCCCAACUGUGGUUGCGGGAUCUGUGUGGAAAAAUUCAAAACCAGAGCUUCUAUUCUCCAUUAUCACCUGACCAAGAAACAGUAGAAGACAAUGUGUGUUUUGUUGAACGUUUGAUUCACUGGGUUUCUAUACGCCGCUGUUCCGAAAGCGAUGAUGCAUUUAGCUUUUGCUGCAAUAAUAUUCCCUUUCCUUACCCACCAAGUGUUUUCGAGCAGUGCCUUAGCAUGAUGUUGGCAGAACAGUAUGCAGAGGGGCGCUUAACCAGUGGUGGAGGCCUAAGGUUUGAUUCGGAGGGUCGAAUUGCUGCCCUUGUACUAAUAUUCAAAACUGUACAACUUUACAGCUUCAACUUCAGCAGAAUGUCACAGUUCUAUCAAGAGAUCUUAUCAUGGUUUAAUGGGGAAAUCUCCAAGGCUCCAGUGGGACUGCAGAAAGGAUGGUUUGUAAGCCAGCUAGGCUUAUAUGACUUCCAGCACUGCUUGAGUUCAGAGACAUUGGAGGUGGCAGGCUUUUCAGUAGCUCUCACAUUUGCACUGCUGUUACUCACGACGUGGAAUAUUCCAUUAAGUGUGUAUGUGUCCGCUGCGGUGGGAGGGAGUGUGUUUGCUACUGUUGGUCUCCUUGUGCUUUUAGAAUGGCAGUUAAAUGGUGUGGAAGCACUCUUAAUUUCAGCAGCUGCAGGUCUUUCUGUUGACUUUGUGGCCAAUUACUGCAUUUCAUACAGCCUGGCCCCACACAGUGACAGACUGGGCAGGGUUGCACAUUCCCUGAAGAGAAUGGGUUACCCGGUAGCUACAGGUGCUGGGGCACAUUUUUGUGUGGGCAUUAUUAUGUUACCCGCAACUGCAUUGCUUUUCAGGAAGCUUGGGAUCUUCCUCCUGCUUGUGAAGUGUGUUGCAUGUGGCUUCGCCACUUUCUUCUUCCAGUCAUUGUGUUGCUUCUUCGGCCCCCAAAAGAACUGUGGGAGAAUAACCCUACCGUGUGUUAAAAAGCAAGCCACUGAAAAUAUAUUGUCAUCCUGUUCGGCUACAGAACCAGGGACCACCAAUCCGGCAGCUAAUGGGGCAUUUGGCUGUGGCACGGGUUCUCGGGUUCAAAGAAGUUUUAAUAAAGAAAGCGAAGGCUUUCUUUGCCCCAAUCAGCAGCACCAUAGAAAGCGCCAACCGAUGGGAGGACGGGAGCCAGAACAGUACGAGCUGCAGCCACUUGCUUGCCAGUUGAGCGACAGCUUUGAGAAUAGCACUUGCACCAGCAAGCUGUCCAACAGACCUUCUGUCCUUUCCGAUGACAUUCAGUUCUGUGGGCUUAGUCCAAGGCAAGACUAUGAUCGAGUCAGCAGUGAGGCUGACAGCACAGAAAUGUGUAGCAGGCACCUCAAGGGUUGCAACCCACCUCCAGCCCUCCAGACCUCAUCCCCGUACAAAGAGAACACGUUGUGUCCUGUAGUUGCUCUUCCACAAGAUGCGCCUAAGGAAAAGGUUUUGUGCAAGAAAUGCCGAGGUGGGCUCCAACUUUGGAAUGUGUCUUUAUCAUCUUCCUCAAGCAUGGAAGAAAUCAUGAUCACUCAGACUACAGACAUUGUCAAUGAAAGGUCACUCUCAAUAGAUGAAGCCGCUAGCUGUCAGCUACAUAAACGGCUUUUGUCAUGUCAAUCUCAGAGUUCCAUGGAGGGACUCGAAGACUCCAAUGAGACUUGCUUAAGUGAGGUAGAACCUGCAAUCUUAGUCUCUCAAGCUGUUAAGAUCGAGGAAGAGUUACAACCUGGCCACCUUAAUGGCAGGAGAGACACUUUACGUCUGUCCUUGAAGGAGACUGUAUAUGACCUUGCCUCCCCGGGGUCUGGUAGGGUGAGGACCACCCAAAGUGAGGUGCCUGUAAUAUUGCCCAACAGCAAACCCGAUAUGCCCGAUGUCUGGAUCAAAAGGGAAGGAAAAGGUGAAGGUGGCAGCUGAUCAAUAUUGUCAACACACUGAGCAAAUCUAAACCACAGAAUGGCAAGAACUUUAUAUGGUGGGCUGAACUUUUGUACUCAGCAGCAUAUUACAUUUCUGAAAAAAAAAAAAGAGUACUAAACAAUGUUUUGCAAACACCAAUUAAUUGUUUGUAAGUAUGCAUAGUGCUUACAAAAAUUUGAAAAGAAGGUUUUUUUAGCAUGAUUCCUUGCAUGUCAUGUAAAUAUACACUGAAUGUGCACCCACAAUAGCCUUUGAAAAAGCCUUUCUUCAGGGGCCUUGAACUGCAAACUUACAAACACUUAAAGAACAAUUGUGCCUGAUCUUUUACACAACCAAGCCAUGAACUAAUCUCUAUCAUUCUGUUAAGGUCACAAUCAUUAUCAAUUUCUUUAAUGGACUCAACAACCAAUUAAGUUGUCCAAAUGAUUUGAUUAUACACAAAUUAUUAAGCAUUGAAAUAACCCACUACAGUAAUUUUACACUUAACUUAUGCCAGGAACACUUGGCAUAGAUGUGCUUUCUACUGUGGCUAUAACUGUUUCACACAUGAAUACCUUUUAUUGCAUGUUUAUGUUAUGAAAUAUUUUCAGACCUGAAAGCUUAAGGAAACAUAAUUUUGUUUUUGCAGAGCCAUGAAAGUACCUCUUUUUUAAAAAAAAAAAAGACAAUGACUGCCCAUCAGAAUAUAGGCUAAUUACAACAGUGUGCUUUAGUAGAAUGCUUCAGUGUGUGGACAUGUUUCACUAAUGCCCCAGAUUUAUAAGUCCCUGCAAUACGACCUUUGAACUCUAUACAAGACUCUGAGUGUUACCUCUGUGUUCAGUAUGUAUUUGAAAGAUACGCAUUAAUCAGAAUGCAACAGACUGUAUGUAAUAAUAAGUGGUGUUUUGUGAUGUGCACAAAGAUGUCAGUCCUUUAUAAAACUGGAAUCAAAGGUCAGUUAAACUGGUUAUACUGCAAAAUGAUGUUUUACUAAAGAACAUUUCUAUUUUAUAUUCAGAUUGAUUUGAUGUUACUUCAUUAAGGCCAGCAGAUGUGUCCUUGACAUUAUCAAAGCAUCUUAAACUACAAAGUGCUACAAAGUGCCAAAAUGUAAGAAUGAUUUGUGCCAAAAGUUUUUUUCCCCCUGAAAUUAUGCAGCUGUAUCAUAAAACUUGCUGGUGUGGAACUACUGUUGUUGAUAGCCUGUGUGUAAAGUCAGAUUUGAAGUUGUCAGAAGAUAAACUAUGAUGAAGUUAAAUAAAAAAUAAAAAUAUUUUUAAUUGAGGUUA